AUGGGAAUGUAUCAAAUUCGAGAAGCUAAUCAAAUGGUCGAGGAGUUUAUGCUUGCUGCCAAUGUUUCGGUUGCAGAAAAAGUGUUGAAACAUUUUCCAUUUUGUUCAUUAUUAAGGCGUCACCCUACUCCAACAAAAGAGAUGCUUGAGCCUCUUCUACGCACUGCUGCUGCUGUUGGCCUUGAUCUGGAUGUCUCAUCAACAAAGGCACUUGCCGAUUCAUUAGACCGGGCUGUGGGUAAUGAUCCUUAUUUCAACAAGCUGAUUCGGAUUCUGGCAACAAGAUGCAUGUCGCAGGCAGUAUAUUUCUGCAGUGGAGAUCUCAGCCCUCCAGAGUAUCUUCAUUAUGGUCUUGCUGCACCUUUGUACACUCAUUUUACAUCUCCUAUCCGAAGAUAUGCAGAUGUAGUAGUACACAGGCUGCUAGCUGCAUCCAUAGGGAUAUCCAAGCUUCCAGAAAUUUUCCAGGAUAGGCCUCAACUUACUAGUAUUGCUGACAAUUUGAACUACCGACAUAGAAAUGCCCAAAUGGCUGGUCGGGCUUCAGUGGAGCUUCAUACAUUAAUAUACUUCAGGAAACGGCCUACAGAUACAGAGGCCAGAAUAGUGAAGAUAAGAUCCAAUGGAUUUAUUGUAUUUGUGCCCAAGUAUGGUAUUGAAGGGCCUGUUUAUUUAACUGCAAGAGGUGAUAGUGGGAGUGGAGAGUGGAUGGUGGACGAGCAGCAUCAGCAGGUUAAAAAGGCAGAUGGUAGCCUUUGUUACAAUGUUCUGCAAAUGGUGCGAAUUCAUAUGGAGGUUGUAGAACCCCAGCCUAACAGGCCUAAACUUGAACUGACUCUUACAGAAUACCUCAACUUUUUUGUUCGUUGGAAUAUAUAAAAAGCAAUUUGUACCAUACUAUCCUAUUCUAGUUCUUUCCAUUUAAUUUCAAGUGUGGGAUUUUAUUUUCA